AGUGAUUAAUAUAUCAUUUUCAUUUAAACAUUUAAAAGUUAUAGUUGUAAAGUAGAUUAUUCAUCAAAAAUGUCUCCAAAUAUUUCUAACAAAAGUAUUUAUAUUAUUUUUAUAAUGAGCAUUAAUAUUGUAUCCAUGGUGUGUUUUUACCAUAUUUGAAUUACAGAAUUAUAUAUAAUCACAGAAUUAUCCUUAAAUGGUACAAAAAUCUGAAGUAGGUAUUUGAAAAUGUUUUCUUCGGAACCAAUUUUGAAUAAAGAAGUAAAAGACCCAAUUUUUAUAUAUCGAGACUAUAUGGAUGAGGAAGAAUCGUCAGGUUAUGUGAAACUCGAUAUAAAACAAUUCUACGACUCCUUUUAUAGUCCUCAAUUUUUGUUUCCUCGUUUAUAUAAUCAACCACUGGAUGUACGGGAAAAAAGAAUCUCUAACUAUUGUGAUAGUGCUAACUAUGUGCCGUUCCAAAAAUUUAAGAAAAUGUAUCAGACUCUGUCGCUUGGAAGGUUUGUAAUGAAAUUAAGAUUAUGUCUAAAAGAAGAAACUAAUCCUUUUGACAAGAUACGAGUUUGCUGUAAAACUAAUUUGGGAAGCAAUAAUGACACAUUUAUUAAAUGUUUGGAUACAUCCCUUGAAUCAACUCAGAAAUCUUGUAUGAACAAAUGCUUUGAGAAAUUUAUAAACUCAUAUAAAGAUAUAUUUGACGAAGACCAUAAAGACUUCCUCUAUACAUUUGACGACAAAAAACGUAAAAAAAAUGGAGAAAAAACUUUAAAAUUAUUCAAUACUACUACUACACGUACGCUGUACGCAGAUCGUCGCGAACGAACGCUGCACGGAGCCACGAACACGUGUGACUACGUUGGGAGGCAUAUGAGUCAACCGGGCGAUUGUAAACUCUCCCGGGUCUUCAGUACUACUUAUUUAAUUUAAUAAAAAUUAUAAAAUAAAUCUAAUAUAAAUUUAAGUUUCAUUUAAAAAUAGUCAAUCAAAUAAUAAUAGUAAUAAUAAUAUAAAUUAACGCCUUUAGCU